AUGUUUGGGGGGCAUCAGGGAUCCAGCACUGGGGAAACCUCCUGCAAACCCGGGCUCACCCUGGCUCUAACUCCUGCCGUCCCUUGGUGCUGCAGGUUGGUGGCUUUGCCUGGGAGAACUGCGGUGACAAGAAGGACCCCGUGGUGCUGCAGAGCCUCUCCGUGGCACCCGACCCCAUCAGCAUCCCAGGGAGCCUGCGUGUCAGCGCGGCCGUCAGCAGCAAGAAGACCAUGGCCAGCCCUCUGAAGACGGUGCUGGUGGUGGAGAAGGCACUGGGUGAUCUCUGGAUCCAGCUGCCUUGCAUCGACCAGAUGGGCAGCUGCACCUAUGACGACGUCUGCACCAUCCUUGACAACAUCAUCCCGCCCGGCACGCCCUGCCCAGAGCCCCUGCUCACCUAUGGCAUCCCCUGCCACUGCCCCUUCAAAGCGGGCACCUACUCCCUGCCAGCCAGUGACUUCAUCCUGCCUGACGUGGAGCUGCCUGCCUGGAUGACCAACGGCAACUACCGCGUAAAGGCCGUUGUCAGCAAUGGCGGGGACGAGCUUGCCUGCGUCAAGCUGGCCUUCUCCCUGCAGUCCCAGUGA